AUGUUCCAGUCAUUUACCGGCAACUCUCGUCGACCGCGGCAAGUCAACCUGAGCGGCCGCGCAACAAACCCGUUCGCGGCAUUUCCAGGCAACGCGCCUGGCAGACCUUCUCCUCGAGCGGCCAGCCCUCAAAGUGCCGUCGCCUUUGCCCAGCAAGAACGUAUUCAACGGCAGCGCGAGAGGGAGAAACAGAACGCUGCGCGGGUUAUACAGCGGACAUGGCGGGGAUAUCGGAGCAGGAGGACAACAUACGCACGGUGGAGAUCAGAAUGGGAUCGAAAUGAACGGGCUUCCAUCGAAGCUAUGGAUAUCGAUGCCGCAGAGUCUUUUGAGGGGGCUUGCCCGGGGCUCCCUCCUCAGCGUCCGGCUCCGUAUGCUACAGCAGAGCAGUGCCGGGCCCAACUUCGGUUAUUGGUCCAGUUUGCAUCACCUCGAGACCCUGGUGAUGUGUUCCGCCUUGAAUAUCUUGUGGAUGCAUUUGAGCAAACGUUCAAGAGCCUUCCCACCAUGGCUGCGGAAGGGGAAUGGACAAACCUUCUCCUGCGGCUGGCGGUCGCUCUGCUUGAUGCACUGAGGUUGUCAUCUGAUUCUUCGGUAUCUGUGUCCACUAUCCAGUCACUUUUGCGAGGCGUAAUCUUUUUGACCAGUCUUAUUCCAAAGCAAAUGGCGAAGGUUGCAGAUGCCUACUUCGAAACCAUGGCGUUCUUGACCACCAAAAGCAAGGUCAAGUUGACUGUGGAAAAAAUUGAAGAAGGUGUUCUUGCCCUGCUUAAGCCUAUCACCUCUGAAACAACAUCUGCAUAUGAAGCCUUUGCCACAUCGUACCUCAUAAUUCCGGACCUCCAGUCAUUCUUGGGAAGCCUUAAUGGAUUCGCCAGUCAGAUAAACUACAGAAUGCUUGCUUUAGCAGUGUCGACUUGCCUUGCCCCUUCCUACAAAAAGUCCAGCGCAUUGAAGAACAUCCAGAACCGCACAUGGCUCUUAUCCUACCUCAUUUUCUUCCAUCGAUAUGCCCUCGGUGCGAAGGCGAACAUCCGACCUCCGGAGUUGGAGUUUCUGGCUGUGGUUUCGGAGCUAUUAAACUCCACCGCAACAUACUUGAUGCAAGGUUUGGAAGCAGAAGAUCACAGUGAUAUGGAUACUCCUCAAGCUAUUCGUCCUCUGCAUCCAUUCAUCAAGGAUCAACUCAUGAGUCUUGUUCAUCAACAUAAUGUCACCGGUCUCAUAUCUCCAAUUCGAUCAUCGGGUAUGAUCUCAGGUGUCCCAGCUACCGAUUCUGCUGGUGGCCAGUCAGACUCUUCGAGGGAGGCCAGAAUACUAGCGGCAUACGCAUUGAAUCUACUCAGAAUUUUCCCUCGCCGAGGCGAUGACAUCCGAAUGUGGUUGUUCCUAGGCUCGUCAUCAUCCGGUGAGCAGGUGGCAGGGCAACCGCAUGCAAAGGUCUCUGCCAUCAAAUUUUUCUGGCAAGCAUCCCGUACCAGUCGCGUCUUUCAGAUAAUCAGCAGUGAUUUAAGCAAAGUCCUUCAGCAGAUUCAAGUACCAGAGGAUGCAGAAGGUUCUUUCAAUGUGCCAAAAGAACAACGGGAUCAAGAGUGGACCACAAUCUUGCUGUUCAUGGAGCUCUAUACCUUCGUCCUGAAACUCAUGGAUGAUGAUGAGUUUUUCUCAGGUGAUUCUUCCUUUUCUUCGAAGGACAGUGACAAGGGUUCAUGGACGAGGGAGAGUGCGCUCCCUCUGGCAGAGAUCAAAGACAUGACGGUCUUCCUCAAACAUCUGGCGUUCACGCUCUGUUGGGAUUCUGUCACUUUGAGCGAACCAGCGCUUCGACCAACAACCAUCAAUCUGAAUAAUUACUUCAAUAGCGCCAACCAAAACACAGACUCCGCAGUUCUUGCAAAUGACAGGGCAGUUGUAUCAAAAACUGCAAAUAACUGUCUUCCAGGCGUGACAGGGAUUCCCCUCGAUUAUUUCAAGGGCCUCGUAACGGGACUUCUUCGAAUGCUCCAUGAACGAGACUCCCGGCGAAAAUUCCUUCCCCCGGACCACUGGCUGAUGACCAGCCACUUCGAUAUGGAUGGUUUCAUCUCCACAGUUGUCGCUGAAGAGGAAAGAAGACACGAAUUAGAAGCUCAGGACGGGGAUGACGAGGACGCGGACUUGAUGGAGCAUGCAUCAAACGAUCACUCCAGUGAACUUGCUGGCUUGGCUGGCGCUGGCCAUGCACAGCUCCAAAUUCGCCUCGAAUCUUUGCGACGGCAUCAGCAGCGAAUCGCACGAAAACGCAUUCUCGCAACAAUUGCGCCAAGGUUGGAGAUUCUCCGCAACAUGCCUUUCUUCAUUCCGUUCGCCACCCGCGUCGAAAUAUUCCGAGAAUUCAUCCACCACGAUCAGCUCCGCCGUCGAGACGGGUUUGUGGACCCUGAUUCUUGGCGUGCAAACUUGGUACAGUCCCAUUUGACUGGUCAACACCAUCCUGGCCAUGAAAUCCUCUCUCGGCAUCAGGGUGAUAUUCGCCGUGAGCAUAUCUUUGAUGAUGCUCUGGAUCAGUUCUAUGCAUUAGGAGACGGUCUCAAGGAGCCUAUACAGAUCACCUUCAUCGAUCAAUUUGGUGUCCCAGAGGCCGGCAUCGAUGGGGGCGGUGUAGGUAAAGAAUUCCUCGAUCUCGUCAUCAAGGAAGGGUUUGAGGUUGAUCGAGAAUUUAAUAUGUUUGCUGAGAACGACCAACAUUUGCUGUAUCCCAGUCCCACCAUUGUCGAGCAAGUCAGAGAGGAGUUCCGGGCCCGUGGAAUGAAAGAUUCGGACCCUGCUUGUGUUGCAAAGGUCCGAGAACUUUUACGCCGGUACGAGUUUCUCGGACGCGUCAUUGGGAAAUGUCUCUACGAGGGUAUUCUGGUGGAUGCCCAAUUUGUCCCAUUCUUCCUGUUGAAGUGGGCCUUGACUGGAGGUACCGGCUCUGCGUUGAGGGAGUCCUCAUAUCGAGCGAAUCUUAACGACUUGAAGGAUCUUGAUGCGGGAUUGUACCAGGGUCUUCUCAAACUCAAGAACUACCCGGGGAAUGUGGAAGAGGACUUCGGCCUUGACUUCUCCAUUACCGACAUCAUUCCUAAAAAAGACGGCACUUCCCGUGCAUUGACCAAAGAGCUGAUCCACAAUGGCUCGAACAUCCCAGUGACGAAUGUAAACCGACUGCUCUACAUAUCUUGUAUUGCCCGCUACCGUCUGCAGGUACAGCAGGCACAUCAAACCAAUGCCUUUCUCCAAGGGCUGGGGCAGAUUAUCCAACCUGCUUGGUUGUCAAUGUUCAACCAGGCUGAGUUACAAAGACUUGUGAGCGGUGAGACACGCGACAUUGAUGUGGAAGAUCUCCGUCGCAACACAGUGUACGGCGGCGUUUACGAGAUUGGAGAUGACGGGAAGGAACACCCCACCGUUCAACUGUUCUGGCAAGUAAUGCACGAAUUGACAUGCGAAGAGAAACAAAUGGUUCUCCGCUUCGUGACUUCGACUCCUCGUGCUCCCCUCCUUGGCUUCAGCCACCUUAGACCUCCAUUCUGCAUUCGGGACUCAAGCGAAAGCGAGCAACGACUCCCAAGUUCCGGUACCUGUGUCAAUUUGCUCAAGCUGCCUCGAUACUCGACCGCCGAGGUUCUUCGUGAGAAAUUGUUGUAUGCAGUCAAUUCGGGUGCCGGGUUUGAUCUGAGUUAA